GCCUGCGGUUGGCUCCAUCGAGACGUUCUUUGUCCCGAACCAGCCCCUAGAUUUUCGAGUCCCCGCUGGGCAACUUCACUACCCUCCGGUGCGUAAGCAUGGCCGAGUCGAAGGACUUCUCUCCUGGGACCGACUCCAAGAGCUCGUCCUCUGCGACCGCUUCGGUGACCCCCUCAAGAGGCGCCGAGGGCCGGAGAGGAUCUGCCUCCUCGACGAAAUCGUCUCCUCCCGCGAAGUCCAGGGGCAGCGUGGAGCGCAAGAAGAGGAAGCAGCGAAAGGCCCCUGCCACCGAUCAAGCUGGCAACGAGGCAAAUGUGCAGCCUCCUCAGCUUCCACCUGUCCAGUCAGAGUUGGUGCAAGUGCCUAAAGUGCCCGAAUGGUCCUUGCAGCGACCGUCAAAAAGGGUGUUCCGUGCAGGACAGAAGUACGCCAAAGGAAGCAUGGCCAUCUGCUGCAACGUGCUACUGUUGGUUGCCGCUGUCCUUGUCGUUGUGGCGUUUGCCAAGUACUUCUCCGGACUGGAAGAUCCGCCCAAGGAAGUGCUCUGCGCCACGAAAGACUGCACCGCAUUCGGCCUGGAGCUCAGCGCUGCCAUCGACACGGCGGCCGACCCAUGCCACGACUUCCACAGAUUCGUGUGCGGAGGCUGGGAAGACCCCAAGCGCCGAGAGACGACCGAGGGGCGCAUGGCGGCCGCCGCCGCCUACUUGGCGAUCGCGGAGAUGGAGACCGACGGAGGUCGCACCAGCAAGGCGACGCAGUUCUUCCACAGCUGCAACACGGCGAGCGCGCAGAGGGAAGAUAAUCUCAGGGAAUUCGCCGAGCUCCGCCGGUCCCUCGGCCUGUCCUGGCCCGAGCAAAAGCCCAACGGCUCCGUCCAUCCUUUGGACGUCAUGGUGGACCUGGCGAUCAAUUGGGAAAUGAACUUCCUCUUCGAUCUGAGCGCCGUAUCUGUGCGCGAGUCCACCGCGUUGCUGUUUUCUCGGGGCCGUCUGGACGCGGGCUGGGAGCAGAGCGCGCAUUACUCGUGGGUGCACUACGAGUACGAGGAUUACGCUAGGAAGUACUACGAUAUCCUCGGAGUCAGCGACGGACAGGUCGACAUUGAAUCCGCCAACCUGCUUAAGCUGGAGAAGGCCAUCCUGAACGCGAAGGUGGCGUUUCUAUACGAUGCGCCUCGUCAAAGUUGGUUCAAGCUGAGCGACCUGGACAGCCACACGAAAACAGCAUCGGCUGCCCUCUGGCUUGGCUUUCUGACCAAGCACGACAAACAGUUCACCUGGACGGCUGAUAGCGCAGUGAUCACCGAAGACGUGAAAAUAUUUCGAAGCAUAGAUAAGUUGAUGAAGGACUUCGACAACGACCAGCUAAUUAUCGGGCUCUCGUGGAUGUUCAUCCAGACGCACCUGUGGGCUGUCUACGGCGAGCCGUCCAUUAGGUUCCACGGCACGCCCGACGCGCUUUCGGCGGUGAGACGUCGUGGCUGCAUGGAGUACGUGGAUUCGCGCCUUGGGUUACUGAGCUUGUCCCAGACCAUUAGCGAACACUACGGCUUUAGCGAGAACCGCCUCCACGUGAUAAGCUUCUUGUACAGACUCAAACAGAAUGUCAAGCGCCUGGUAAACAACCUCACCUGGAUGGACGAGGACAGCAAGCGCAUGGCGUACCGCAAGCUGGAACGCAUGACUAGCGUACUUAUGCCGGACGACAGCUUCUUCGAGAGAGGGAAGCGCGACAAACUGUACAGCGUCUUCCCGAACAUGGCCGGCAACACAUUCGUGACGAACAUCGUGAAGGCAUCCGAGAUCUACCGCGGACUCCGCAACCACGAGCACUUCGCGGACGUUUACAGCGUCCGCGUGCAUCCCCGAUACGGACGCGAGACGUACCUUUACCUUCCCAACCUGAUGAAGCUCGCUGUCCUCAACCUGCACCCUCCGCUGUUCUUCCAGAACGCCACGUUCGCGAUCAUCUACGGCGGCCUGGGAUCCUUCGUGGCUCGCCAGAUGGCCAAGUCCUUGGAUGACGUGGGCGUGACGGUGGACGACGCGGGUCAGAGCGGCAUUUGGCUCAGUCCCAACGCUGCUGCUGUGCACGCCGAGAAGGUGGCCUGCAACGUCCGAGCGAGCUCGUACGGGGGCGAGUGGCGCCCGAUGCGCCUCUUUCCGGCCGUGGCCGGCCUGGAGAUUGCGUACCGGAGCUACAUGGCAGCCGUUGCGGCGGACUACCGCGCUCUGGGCGUCUUCAGGGUGCACCACCUCGAGGCGUUCACGGACGACCAAGUGUUCUUCCUGACCUACUGCUACGCUUUGUGCUCGAAGCGGCCGCAGACCAUGGGCGACGAGUGCAAUGUGCCGCUCAAGAACUCGAAGCGAUUCGCGGCCGCCUUCCGCUGUCCCGAGAACUCGCGCAUGAAUCCGCGAGUCAAGUGUACGUUUUUUGAUCCCUGACCGCUUACCGCGUUCUGAAGUAUAGUCUACAUAUCUGCAGGUGCCGGGCUCUCGUCUAUGCAACUGAGUAAAAAAUCGCGAUUUUUUAAUUUCACCUGAAGGGUGUUAACGAUCCCUAUAAUAUGUGCACUGAAGACAAAGGCUGCUCCUUCUACGAAUUGUGCCAGCUACUUGGUGGGUUUGGUCGUGUGGCUUUUCUCCCCUCCUGCACAAAAAUCUUCAGCGCGAUGUGUGGUUUCGGUAACAGCACUCGUGUGUUAUUUAUUGAGUGCGCUACAAUUUGUAGUACACUGCCUGCUUAUGUGCCGGUGGUUACGAAAAAUGCACCCAUGACGCCGAAUCAUAACGUCGGUGUGUUUCCGAUGCACAUUUUGCUCUGUGUUGAGGAAAAAACACUACAUAGUUUCUUUGCAUAUUCCGAUUCUUUUUAGCUUGCAUAAAGAGAUUGUUGUACGUUGACAUAAGUACGCCAUAGAGUGCAUGCCCAGAUUACAAAGUAUAGGAAGUAUAGAAAGAAAUUGGCGCUUGCACGGCAAGCAAAAGUGCCAAGAAAUCGCUAACAAAAUUUUUAUGGUAGUAAUAACACACAUUUCACCGCGUGGGAGGAUGUUUUUAUGGAGCAGUUCACGACCAACUGCCGCGUUCGCAAUACGCGUUCGCAGUGUCCUUGCUCUACCGUUUCGUCGUUCACAGUUUGUCCCUGAUAAAAAAAAACAAAAAACACACACACAGCAGUUCCGAAAAAGCCGUUCUACGCUUAGCUCUCAAUCUCUCUCUCCCUCUCUCUGCAUCAUCUGUGUGUGUGCGUUUAAAGCGCAUAGGCACAACCGUACGUCAAUAAACAGAAGAGUACACCGCAAAUGUCCUUCCUUAGAGUGUUCCAUAUCUGUGGUUUCAAGGUUUUCAGAGCAGCUGCUUGCGUAUGGUACAUUCCUGCUACACACCACAACACAAGCAAUGUAGGGCAUUCGCACGUCACUCGUCUGUCCCCUUGAGUAGCCGGGUGAUGUAGGCCAGCAGUGUAGCCGAGCAGGGAACGUGAGCGCCUUUCGAGCUUCCUGUUUUUUGUUUGGUUCCUUUUCUCUCUCUGCCUUCCUUCUUUUCAAUCUCCUUUUUCCACGGACACGGUAACAAACCGGAGAUUUGCUUCUGCUUAAUCUCCCUGCCUUACCUCCCUCUCUCUUUCAUUUAAAUUCUGUAUAGCUACCGAAGCGGAGACCCUGAAUAGUGACUUCGUUUGUCCACAAAUGGGAAUGUCUAUUUCAAUAUUCAAUUGCUAAAAAGAUAGUGGACGACGGCGUCGCUGAGGUAAUCUAGAGUUUCUUGAUUUAGCAUAGUGGGGAAAUCACAAAAGAGAUAGGCAUGAAGGCGAAGGGCGUGUGUGCCAAUUCUGGCCAGUAUCGGAGACAGUCUACGUACACAGCUAAGGAGACGCGUUUCGAGCCGUCUGGACGACGCUUACGUGACGUGACACUACCUCACGGCGAGAAGAAAAAGUCGAGAAAAGCAGAGAUUUUAUAGCGAAGCUGUUCGCCUUUUGUUGGUCAUCACCUUUCGUGGCGGCAUCCAUAGGCAAAAAUGGGGGCUGAUCCCGGAGGUUGUGCAAUACAGGGCCGAGCCGCGGCGUAGGUGAAGCAGACUUGAAGCACUCAGCAAAGUGAAGCGAAAGUGCAUACCUUCUUUGUAAUCACGCAUACAACAUGCAGAACAACAUUAGUUUAAAGAAUGAACAAACAAAACAAGCAUGGGAACCACAUAAUUGAUGAUAAGGCGCUCCUGAUAACGUGAAGCGCGUACGUUGCCCGCAUACGUUUUACGGAAAACGAUGAGGAUAGCAAUAAGGGCUUGUUGGUACGGCAUAUCUUAUUUUGUUAUAGCGCAAGCUUGACACGGACAACAGAAGGCACAUCUGACACAUACAGCGCUACUUUCAACAGCAGAUUUAUUUCUCGUUCUCGUCGCUAUAUAUACACCCUCGACCCGUCAUACAGCACGUGUAAAAUUUUGGAAAAAUAAACAAAGAAAUAUAAACUGGGAACCACACGUAGGGACUUUCAUGACUCACAUAUUCACAGACAUGUACACGUUCGACGCGAACAAAGAUACUUCAGCUCUUUUAAAGAUAAUGAAAUGGAAGGUUUACUGACGUAUGCUUCGCCGAAUGUUGAUAUGUGUCUGACUUCUAUUAUCAAGUGCGUCAUUUCACACCUGCUUCUACUCAUAAUGACUGCUU